UUUGUUCAUUAAAUAUUGCACUAAACGCCAAGUCGCAAUAAAAUGAGGACAAUGCGUGGUAAUCAAGGUAACGACGUAAAUCCUUGGCUGGAACAAUUUGCGAUGGGAAAUGACGAUGAUGAUUAUAUGAAUUAUCCAAACACCACAGGUAUCAUGAACGUCACAGCAAUAAACGAUGGCAUCCCAGCUGUCUGGGAUUCAUGGAAUCCCCCCCACGCUCUACGUGUCAGCAGAUUCUACUACUCGAUGAUUGCAAUUUAUAUGUCAUUUCUGUUCGUCUGCUCAUUUUCUUUCAACAUGCUUGUUCUUCUCACGGCUUACCAUAACAGGAGUAUCAGGACUCCCCUCAAUUAUAUUGUCAUUAAUUUGACUGUCGCUGAUCUACUGGCGGUUCUCUCAAGCAACACUUUGAACGUGAUGGCUAAUGUAGCUGGACAUUUCUUUGCUGGGAAAUGGAUGUGCACUAUGGAAGGCUACAUCGCUUCGGUUGGAGGUAUUGCUGGACUGAUGUCAAUUGCGGUGAUGGCGUUUGAACGAUUUUUUGUCAUUUGCAAACCGUUCGGACCUGUAAGAUUCAAUGAAAAGCACGCAAUAAUAGGAAUUGCGUUUACCUGGAUAUACUCUAUCUUGUGGAACACCCCACCAAUGAUAUUUUGGGACGGAUAUGAAGCUGAAGGAAUCGGAACCAACUGCGCACCAAACUAUUUCGUUACUGAACCAGGAAAGAGAAUGUUCAUCGUCAUGUAUUUCGUAUGGUGCUUUGUGGUUCCCUUUUUCAUCAUCGCUAUUUCUUACACGAAACUGAUCAUGAAGCUUCGUGAGAUGAAAAAAGCAACCAUGGUUCAGAGCAGUCGUGGAGUUAGUGCUGACGAGGAAGUGACGAAGAUGGUGGUUGUCAUGGUUUUUGCUUUCUGUUUCUGUUGGACUCCGUAUGCCGUUGUCUCCAUGUACACCGUGAUUACCUACCAGACUAAUUACGCUCUCUCUGCCUUGCCUGCAUUCUUUGCAAAAUCAGCAACUGUCUACAACCCCCUGAUUUACAUUGGACUCAACAAACAAUUUCGCGACGCUACGAUCCGUUACAUUUUCAAUGGAAAACAUCCCUGGGCGGAAGAUGUUGUUUCAUCCAGUAUGGCUCCGUCAUCUAUGUCGGCUAUGACUACAGUCAGCACAAACAAAGUUGGCCCAGCUUAAAUGCUACGAAAGAAAAAGAAAAAUAUGAUGCACUUUGACUAUAAAUCAUAACACAUGAAUUCAGUUGAUAUUCAAAAUUUAAAAUGUACUCUGUGUCGUACAUGAUACACAGAUAAAUCAUAUAAUCGUUGCCCGCUAAUUUAAUGUCCGUUUUUAAAGAAAAAAACAUUUACAUGACGCCUCGUUACUAGGGAUAUUGGAUGAAUUCAACAUACAUAAUUCAUUAAAUACUACGAAAUUUGGGUUUAGUUGACGUUUUCUAAUAUUACUUUUCUGCAACGUUUUUGAUAAUUUUAUAUUUCGUCAUAUAUUUACUCAUUUUCGAUGAAUUUUGGCCCGCAAUAAAACGUUGAAAAAGCUCCAAGUAUUAAUCACAGCUGUAAUUAUGUGUUAGUAUGUUUUUCAGAAAAAAUAACUUUAUACAUUUCGUUGCAAUAUUUUGAAGUUUAAAAAGAGUUUAAAAGAUGAAAAGUAUGUAAUGAGGAAACUUGCUCUUGCACUUGAAGUUCGACGCACUCAUUUUGAAUUUUUUGUUUCAACUCUGAUUUCCACCUUCCAUUCAUAACGAAUCAUAAUAUCAUCAGGAAAUAGAGUUUCUGUCAUUAUUCUGUAGCCUUUUAUUUAAUAGACAUAAAGUUUUAUAAUAUAGUAUGUGCCCUAGAUUAAGCUGCGUAUAAUGAAUACUGGAUAAAAAUAAUUCAAAGUUUAUUUCGCAUUAUUUUUCAUUAUCAUAAACAGUGGGCCCAUUACAAUGUUUCUGACACCCAAAACGGCUUAGCAUUUUCGUAUAUUUUAUUUUUCCAUCCCAGUAAUAUUGUCCUGUGAUUUCAUUUCAAUCAAAUCUAUUUGGUGAACGAAUCGUUAGUAAUUCGGAAGUUUUUGGAAGUCGCUUAAUAAUCCAUAUACAACGUUGUAAGGUUCUUGACGACGACAAAUUGACAAUAACUAUGUAUCUAUCAUCAAGUGCAUGUAUUUUUAUUUAUCCAUUGAUUUCUGUAUAUUAUUGUUCUCAUCAAAAAUCAUUAUCUAUCAUUUUAAGCAAGCCGCCAGUCAAAUUGAUACAUAUAUAUGUGUAUAUAUAUUUGUGUUUUGUGGGUUGAUUUUUAAAAACUCUGUAUGAUUAAUAUAUAAAUAAAUAUUGCUAUUGAAA